GCACUGGCGGGUCUUGGGCACAGGCGGCAGGGCAGGGCAGACUGCCAUACCGGGUCCUGUCAUGGUGAGGGACGAGUGAGGGAAGGGGAGCGCUAUGCGGGCGUGGCGCAGACACCUCUAAGGCCGGAGAGUAGCCACUCUCGCUACCAUGGACAGGGCCCAGCGCCUCCGUCUCAUCCUGCAGGGACUGAUAUGGGCAUGGAUCUACCGACAUGCAGCCGCUGCAGGAGGAAGCUUACUGGAGGCGGUGGACGUGGCUGGGAAGCCCCAAGGAGUGGUGGAGACCAGAGGGAUGUGUGAUGAACGACCCGGCGCGGCAACGACUCCGGACAAGGCUUACAAGGUCACCAAGCAGGCCGUGCUCACCGUCCCCACCGCCAACCUCUUUCCAACUCGAUUUCCGGAGGACUUCAGCAUCAUGGCAACCCUGAGGCCAGAACAGGGGUCGAACUCGGUCCUCUUCGGCCUCUACUCAGACGCGGGCGAAGACCAGCUCUUAGUGGAGGUCGGGGACACGGUGCGGUUCUUUUACCAGGACGAGCGUGGCUCCCCGGAGGAAGGCAACAUCAUUGAGUUCGGGGCGGCAAUAAACGACGGAAAAUGGCACAGGCUAGGCAUCAGCGUGAAGGGGAACAGCGUCACCCUCCUCGUGGACUGCGAGGCCACCACUAACAUGCUGCUGCCCAGACACUCGCCUUCGCACGUCUCCAACGCCGGCAUCAUCCUCAUCGGCCAGCAACUCCUCGAGGACAAGUACUUCGACGGAGACAUCCAACAGCUAGACUUGGUCUCUGGUCCCGAGGCAGCUUACGACCAUUGCCAGACCUUCAUGCCCAACUGUGAUGCCGAGCUGCCGGACCCCAGCGUGCUGACCACCACGCACCUCGAGUACGCGGGCGGCAGCGACGACGAGACGGUGUACUCGGCGUUUGACGCAGACAACUACACGUCAGAUUUUCAAAAUUUUACCUCCACCGAUUACGAUGCCGCCACUGUGUCUCAGUACCUCCCUACUGGCGUUCUAAGAGGGUACCCAGGGCCACCGGGACCACCGGGGCCUAUAGGUCCUAAGGGAGACCCAGGACGGGACGGCAUUCCAGGCACGGACGGCACUUCCGGUCCUCCAGGGCACGUCUUCAUGAUCCCGCUCAACCUGCAGGGCAACGAGAAGGGCCCCGACCAGAUGCUGGAGCAGUUUCAACAACAACUGUCGCAACACAUGAUGGCCAUGCAAGGCAGCUCAGGCCCCAGGGGUCUCACGGGCCUCCCAGGGCCUGAGGGACCUAACGGGGAGCCUGGCCUCAAGGGUGAACCCGGCGACAUGGGGGCAUCGGGUCCGAGAGGCAUGCGUGGACAAAUGGGAGCAUCGGGACAGCGGGGACGCAGAGGACGGCCUGGCAGGGACGGGGAGCGAGGUCUUUCAGGAAUCCCGGGACCUAAGGGCGACGGGGGACUUCGAGGGGUGCCAGGGCUGCCCGGCGACAAGGGACAUCGAGGUGUACAAGGCAUGAGAGGCGAGUCGGGUUUGCCUGGACACGACGGAAUGCCGGGGGAGCCGGGGACGCCGGGUGUGUCUGGUCUGCCCGGGGAAAUGGGUCCACGAGGAUUCAUCGGCCCCAGAGGGUUUCCAGGACUUCCCGGUCCUCCUGGCAUCCCAGGUAGCGAGGGUUCCAUGGGGCCUAAGGGCAACGCAGGUCCUCCUGGUCAGCCAGGACCUUCUGGUCAGGCUGGCACAUCAGGACCUAUCGGCCCCCCUGGCCCACAGGGCUUGCUGGGGCCACCAGGCCCUGCGGGUCCUCGAGGCAAACCUGGUCUCCCUGGUCUGGGUGGUGCUGAUGGUCUUCCGGGACAUCCGGGAAACCCAGGAGGAGUUGGGCCCAAGGGACAUAAGGGUCCCCUGGGUGGCCGGGGACGCGUUGGUUUCCCCGGUCCACGCGGAGUGAAGGGAGACCAGGGUAACCGGGGCCUGCAAGGGGAAAAAGGGCACAAGGGAGAACGAGGGCCUGAUGGACCUAAAGGUGACAUUGGUACUAAAGGAGAGCGUGGAACUGUUGGACCCGAAGGACAAGUCGGUUUGGAGGGACCCGAGGGACCUAAGGGUUUCGAGGGACCCCGAGGAGAGACUGGACCCCAUGGACCCUCCGGGGAGAAGGGAAAGCUAGGAGUCCCGGGGUUUCCCGGAUAUCCGGGCCCUAAUGGAGAGAAGGGCGACAAGGGUUCACCCGGUCUCGUCGGAAGGCCCGGAGAUAAAGGAGAACGGGGCAACCCUGGCCUGAUAGGGGAGCGGGGUGAACAAGGCCCAAGGGGUUUUCGCGGGUCUCGUGGGCGCAGAGGAAAAACUGGACUUUCAGGACCGAAGGGAGAUACUGGUCAGCCAGGACCACCAGGACCUAAUGGCGAACAGGGUCCUCAAGGUCCCGAGGGCCCUGCGGGCUUUGCAGGGGCCCCGGGACCCCCCGGAAUAAAUGGCAAAGACGGCAUUCCAGGUCCCCCAGGAGAGCGAGGUCCACCUGGAGAACCAGGGAACCAAGGGCCCGAUGGUCCCGCCGGAGUGGUGGGUCCGAUGGGUGCUUCGGGAGAACCCGGUUCUUCUGGUGAGCCCGGUCCACCUGGUGCUCCUGGAGUCCCAGGUGAGGAGGGAAGACCAGGCGCGGCUGGAAAGGAGGGACCCGAAGGACCAAUGGGUGCACCGGGCAAGAUUGGUCCCAUAGGCCCCCCUGGACCACCCGGCUUCCCAGGCGAGAGAGGUCAUCCCGGCAUUCCUGGCUCUACCGGCCUCAAGGGUGAAAUGGGUCCUCCAGGACCAACCGGCGCCCCGGGUGACAAAGGAGCCAUGGGCAUUGCCGGCAACGCAGGGCCUCAAGGUCCUCCAGGAAAGGACGGUGCCCCGGGGCCCCGAGGAUCUUCCGGCGCCAAAGGAGAGAGAGGAGACCAAGGCGCGCCCGGACCCACAGGCCGGGAUGGUCUCCUCGGGCCGCGAGGGCUGCCUGGAGCCCCUGGACCAGUUGGGGAACCUGGAGAGGACGGUGACAAGGGCGAGGCUGGACCACCGGGCGAAAAGGGCUUCAAAGGAGGCAAGGGACUCCAGGGUCCACCGGGAGCCCCAGGUCCCCAAGGCCUGAGAGGAGCGCCGGGGACGCCUGGUGCCCCAGGGGAGCGUGGUCCACCAGGAAGAAUGGGUCGCACAGGCAGGAAAGGAGAAGACGGGCCCCAAGGGGUGGCUGGCCCCGCCGGCUCACCUGGAAUCCAAGGUUUGCCGGGAGUAGCAGGAAUGAAGGGUGAAAAGGGCGACUUUGGCCCUCGGGGGCUGCCUGGGGCCAUAGGCACCACCGGUGAACCUGGACAGGCAGGAAGCAAAGGCGCAACUGGACUUCCAGGUCCUACUGGACCUGACGGACAGCAAGGAGAAAAAGGAGAGCCCGGUCAGCAGGGUCCACCUGGUCCACCGGGGAAGGACGGAGAACAUGGCAAAAUGGGCCCUGACGGACCCAAAGGAGAAGAAGGAAAGCCAGGACCUCAGGGAUCCCCAGGAAUCCGGGGUCCCAUCGGCCCACCAGGACCAAAAGGAAAUGCUGGACCACCCGGCUUUCCUGGGUCCCAAGGUGAGCCAGGUAAGCAAGGCCCAAAAGGAGUUCCCGGGAGAGAUGGAGAGGACGGAAGGCAGGGAGACACGGGGCCUCCCGGGGAGCCUGGACUACCAGGGCGCAUGGGGCUGCCCGGCGCCAACGGAAAGCCGGGUCCAGAAGGUCCAGCGGGUGAGCAGGGGGCCACCGGUCCGCCAGGAGAGAAAGGUGACAGAGGUCUUACUGGUCCAGCUGGCCCUGUUGGCCCUACAGGGUCACAAGGGUUGCCCGGACCCCAGGGACUGCCUGGUCUUCGAGGGUCACCUGGUCCUGCCGGAGAUGUGGGCGUUCCCGGUAAGGAGGGCAAACCUGGGCAACCGGGACUGCCUGGACCUAGUGGACAGACGGGGCCGAAAGGCAGACGUGGUCGGAGGGGACCUAAGGGUCACCGAGGAGAGAUGGGUUUAACUGGAACAAAAGGCGACAUGGGCGAGAAAGGAGAACCUGGCAUGAAAGGACCAGAAGGACCCCAGGGCGUGAAAGGAGAACCUGGUCCACCAGGCCUUCAAGGUAUGAAGGGUGGGGAUGGCCCUCGAGGUCUCCCCGGACUUGCAGGUCCUGCUGGUCCCAAGGGUGUUCCAGGAGCCUCAGGGCCAAAAGGAGAAACUGGUCCAUUAGGUCCUCCUGGACCUCCUGGACCUCCUGGGGAGCUGCCAUUACUACCUCCAGAUGUGAUCUUCCAGCGGGACGCUCCCUCAGAAAGGGUUAGGAGGGAUACAAGGCGGGACGACGACUGUAGAAUAGGCGAAGUCUGUGACCCUCCAUCACAGCCCUCCUCUGCCCCCAGGCGAGGGAGGCGAGGCAAACGCAGAAGACUCAGACCCGCCUCGGCGGCUAGACGGAACAGUCGUCGAAGGGCCCGACAACGUGCUAACAGGCACCGAAAGACUGGUGAUGGCAGGGCAAGCAAGAAGGAGAGCAAGGGCGAGGGAAUGGAUGACUUUGACGCCAAGCUGAUGGACAUGUACACCAACAUCUACACGAUGCGGCAAGACCUCGAGCGCAUGAAGAAGCCCAUCGGCACCAAGGACAACCCCGCCAGGACCUGCAAGGACCUCUUCUACGGCCACCCCAAGUUCAAAGACGGCUGGUACUGGAUCGACCCGAACCUUGGGAUGCCUGACGACGCCGUGUACGUCUUCUGCAACAUGAGCGUGUCCGGGGAGACGUGCGUGUUCCCGGACAUCCACUCCUCCAAGAUCAUCAACAUCCCCUGGCGGAGGACGUCGAGGGAGGGCGCCUGGUUUUCUGUCCUUCGGGGCGGCUUCAAGAUCACUUACGAGACUACGGGUGUGGUGCAGAUGACCUUCCUGCGGCUCCUCUCCUCGUACGCGUACCAGAACUUUACGUACACCUGCGUCCGCUCCAAGGCGUGGUUUGACGAAGAGAACCUCAACCACAACAAAGCCAUCAGACUCAUGGGCCAGGACGACCAGAUAUUUUCCAUCGACACCAUCAAGCCCACUGUUAUCACGGACGGAUGUGCUGCCAAAAGCGCCAUACCAGGAGGAACCUCUCGGACGGUGUUUGAAGUGCGAUCGAAGAAACUGGACCAUCUGCCUCUUGUCGACUUCCAGCCCACGGACUACGGACUGCCCAAUCAGGCGUUCGGGUUCGAGGCGGGACCAGUGUGCUUCAAGUAGCCCGAAGGAACGACGACGACUUCACGGAGUGGCGUCACGGUCUGCCUCGCACGUGUCUGACUUCUCCCACAACUGGUCUCCUGCAGCAUCCUCCUCGACUCCAGCCUCCAGCCACUUCCCUUCGAGAGCAGUGCUGCGCGGAAGAAGCCUAAAGGGUGCUGCUGUAAGGGCCGCGACGAGGAGGACAAGGGCGCGUGGAUCAGGCAUGACACAACCCACUACCCACAACGGACAUGGCCACGCUAACAGGACAUGGCAACGGAUUGAUCGACGGAAUUGGACUGACAACCCUGUGAUGACGACUCGCGCGAAGUUUGACCAGAUUCUUGAUACUCUCGGACAAGACCGUGUGUUGACGACCGACCUCCCCCGGACCCGCCGUAGUGGAGUUCGUACUAGUGAUGUAGCUAGCAGCAUCUGUGAAAAUCCUCCUCCCGACUCGCGAGGCUUGGGGCUGGACAGUGCCGCGAUGCGUGACCCAAGCCGCAGUGCGAGGCGAGACGACGGUGUGUGUAAUAAUUGUUGUACAAAGUGUAUACAGUUGGGGUUAAUGUGCUUAAUUAUUAUUAUAAGUCAGGAAGGUGUUGGAAGAAUCACUGCCAGUCUCUCUGUUCCUUACUUUCACCCGCUGUCCUACUCUCUUUCCUCUAGGGGCGAUUUAGAAUAUUGCUUAUACGUUAAGGUGAGCCUUUUUUACAGUGUGUAUAAAGUUUUAGUGGAAGAAAGUGUCCAGUUAUGUUUUCUUAUUAAGCAAGAAUGGAUCUAUUCUUGAAUAAUAA